CCACGGGCCAAGCGUCUCGACCCCAAAUGGCAUAAAAAUGUAUUCGGGGCCGAGACCCCUGUACUUUUGUAUUUUAAGCUUUUCGGCCCCUUUAGCCGCGGCACCCGCACUGUUACUUGUUCCGGUGAGGUGGGAAGGGGCUAAGUAGUGUGUCUAUUACAGUAUUUGUAUAUUAUAUACAUAUAUAUAUAUAUAUACCGUUGUCCGAGUACCCACAACACAAGCCUUCUUGGCUUACCGUGGGACUUUGGGACGUGGCGUGGGUCAAUUUGUGUAAGUAUAAUAAAAUAUUUAUUUUAUUUGUUUAUUCAAAACUAUAAGUAGAUAAUGACUUGAGUCGACGAUUUAUGGCAACAUUCAUAAAAGCGCUACAGCCUCAAAUAGAUAAUUAUUUUAUGUCCUAAUUUGUAAUUUUGACUUAACAUUAUAAGAAAGGAAUAAAACAUAAAUUAAUUAUAUUGCUUGUACGUUUUACGGAUAAUCAACAACUUGAAAUGCCUUUUAACCUUUCGAGACCUGGCUACCCAGGGAGCCCACGGGUCUCGAAAGGUUAAGAAAUUUUGGCUAUAUGCCACCUCUUUACCAGGAAAAUACGGGCUGUCAAACACUAGAAUGCUUACCUUAAUUUAAAAAUUAAAAUCUACUUACACUGUCAGAGGUGUGAGUAUUGUAUUCUUUGGGUUGGAGUUACUUUACAGAAACAGAAUGGGGGGCCUAGCCAAGAUGACAAUAGUUCGCAGUGAAACGAAACGCUAUCUGUCUCAAUCCCAUGUAUUAUUUGGAAGAGUAAUAUAGACAAUAGUGUUUCGUUUCGUUUAUUGCAAACGAUUGUCAGGGUUAUUCCCACUAGUUACCACCAAGUUGUUACCAGUAGUAACUACUGGGGGAAAAAAUCCUAGUACUUACCAUCAAACCAAGUUAGUGGUAACUAGUGGGAAUUUUUUCCCCAGUAGUUACCAGUGGUAAAAGGUGAAAAAAAAAACCCAGUAGUUACCACUGGUAACAAUUUGGUAGUAACUAGUGGGAAUAAUCCGAUUGUCAUCUUUUAGCUAGCCCCCAGAUCUUAAUCAUGUUUUUUCUCUGUAUUGCAUAACUCGUAUCUUAGGUAGUUUUACGUGCAUCCCAUUUAAAGCCGCAUAUAGGAGAACGCUCCGAGCAUCUUGAGAGCAAAACGUUUACGAAAAGCUCAGUAAAAAGGACCCCCGUGAUUAUCUGGGAGGGCGUGCACCCCGGCGCCCCAUCGGCAGGUCAUGACCCGCGGAUGGAGUAAGCGGACAUUGUGCCGAGACACGCUCGAGCGCGCGCUCUCGGUUGCACCGAUCUUUCACCUGCGCAAUAUUCACGCCUAUAAAACCUUGUCUUUGUAAUAUUGGCGCGUUACUUUCAUUCCAAGCAGAACCAGAAAAGCAGCUCGAACUAGCGAGGAGUAGUGGACGUGUAGGGUUCUCACUUGGGUUUUAACCCAUCUCUAAAAUGUCUAGACUCGGAUGUCUGUUGUUGAUUUGGACGAUAUGUCAAGCAGUGCUCGCCAGCGAAGAUAACGAAAAAGGGUUCGUUCAGCCUUUGGAUUUUUCUCCGAUUUUCGCCAGCGACAACUCUGGCCUCGCUUCAAAUCCUGUUGCCGCAGCUUUGCUUAAACUAGACACGAGCCAGUACCCCCACUUGUUUGACUCUGUCGUCAGUAGUUCUCUCGACUCCUUGCAAAGACGGGUAGCUCCUCAAGAUAGGACUUUCGCUGCUGAAAAUUUCGGUUUCAAUCCGAUUGCUAGUCAAAGUUUCCUUCCUCCACCGAAACCGGCGCCGCUCGUGGCGCAGCCGGCACCGCAGGCCCCGGUGCAGCAGCACUCGGCGGCCUACCGCCAACCGGCCUUAGCACAAUACGACAUUAGACAGAUACACGAUGCCGACUACAAAGUGUACAAGCCCGAGGAAGACGAACAAGGAGCCAUCCUAGCUGCUUUAAAACAGAAUCCUACAGUAGCAGCAUAUUUUAAACCCGCCGUAACAAAUUUAGAAGUAGCUCACCCGCUUAAAUACCGCAAGGAAGAACUGUUAGAAAACCCCGAAGCCGAACAAAACUAUAAGCCCAAUGGUUAUAUUGCAGGACCGCCCCGCUUGCGGCGAUACGCGGGAGAACACAGAAGGCAAAACUUAAGAAAACGCGCAGACGACGAUGAAGAAGAUGACCCCUAUAACUAUAAAUCUGAGUACAUUUCCAGACCGAAAGCGUUCGACAGUGGACCCUACAGCAGUGCGUACAAAGAAGAAAAGGACCCCAACAAGGAUUACGAAUACCCUUAUGGAGGUUACGAUUCUGGCUACGACCACAAGGAAUACGAACGCAUCAAGGAAUUGUCAGAAAAACAAGCAGCUGAGAUAAAACAAAACCCUGGAAAUUGCAAACAAGUCAACAGAGAUGGAAUGACAUGCAAUGUGUGCAAGGAUCCAAAAACUGGAGGAAACUACGAAUCCUGCUCCUAUGUUGCGGAGCCAAAAAAUAAUAAAUAUGCUUACUCCAAGGAAAAAAAGUUCGACAGUAAUGACGAACCCGACGAGCCAGAGGGUCAAAAAGAAGAGGCACCUAGGAAAUCAGCAAAAUACGAAGAAACGAAAGAGGAUGAUAAGCCCUCCGAGGAAUACACAAAAUUAAAAGCACCAAAGGAAGAAAGUGAAGAGAACGAUUCAAAAGAGAAAUAUAAAGCGUAUUAUGUACACAGUUCUCAACCCACACCGAGCGAAAAACUACGCGCUGCAAGUGACGAAAGCUCCGAAGAAAAAGCUGACCCACUAGUGAAACCUUAUAACUACAAGCAAGCUUUGCCCGAGUUCUACACUGAUAACGAGCCCAAAAAAGACGUUGAACACGUAUUAGCUGAAUUCAAGAAAAAGGAUAGAUCGUCCUGUAAACAAGUUAAUAAAAAUGGAAUGACCUGCUUCCAAUGCGUCGAUAAGAACGGGUUGAAAAAUGAAGAGUGCAUGUUCGUAUCUGAAUCGGCACCAAAAAGGAGUCAUCUAGCAUAUCAGGAACUCAAAGAAUUUCAAUCACAACCCCCCGUACCUCCGGUUGCUGUAACUACAAGCGAAGGCGCUGAGAGUAAAGUUGUAUCUGCCAACGCAACUCCUGCACAGAAAUCUGCCGCAUAUGUAGUGGCUAAUACUGGGUAUGGAAAAAAAACUAAAGAAAAAAAAGCAAGCCAAGCCACACCGACCGCAGCCGCUACCAGCCCGGUCGCGGCAGUCGCCAGCGCCGUGCCUGCGGCGGCCGCGGCAGCGCAGCAGCCAUCCGCUGCGCGCCGGCUGAGAAGGAGCGUGGACGCUGAGGCCGAAGCUCGAGCCGAAAUCGCCGACGAUACUGAAUUGGGGCCUGAAGAGUUCGCAGGCGCUGAUUCGAAAGCAGCAUAUUGGGCGGAAACUAUGCCUCGUUACAGUGCGGCUUUAGGUGUCACCUUGCCUGAAUUCAUGCUAGCGAGAUCGGAGCAUGAAGCUUCGUUCGAUGAAAUUGUCGCAGGCGCAUAGGAGAUUAAGGCUGAAAUUAUUUGCUAAUACAGUGU